AUGAACCCUCCCAAGUUCGACAAAAUUGAGGACAUGGCCAUGAUGACCCAUUUCAAUGAAGCCUCUACCUACUCUGGGCUCUUCUGUGCCACCGUGAACCCCUACAAGUGGCUCCCAGUGUAUGAUUCUGAGGUUGUUGCUGCCUACAGAGGCAAAAAACGUAUGGAGGCUCCACCCCAUAUCUUCUCUGUCUCUGACAAUGCCUAUCAGAACAUGCUCACUGACAGGGAGAACCAGUCUAUCUUGAUCACUGGAGAAUUUGGUGCUGGAAAGACUGUGAACACUAAGUGUGUCAUUCAGUACUUUGCCACAAUCUCUGUGGGUGGAGACAAGAAGAAGGUCCAAACUUCUGGGAAGAUGCAGGGCUCACUGGAGGAUCAGAUUAUUGCAGCCAAUCCCUUGCUGGAGGCUUACGGUAAUGCCAAGAAUGUGAGGAAUGACAACUCCUCUCGCUUUGGUAAAUUCAUCAGAAUCCAUUUCGGCACUUCUGGUAUUGAGACUUAUCUGCUGGAGAAGUCCAGAGUGACAUUCCAGCUUCCAGAUGAGAGAGGCUACCACAUCUUCUACCAGAUGAUGACCAACCACAAACCUGAGCUGAUUGAAAUGACGCUCAUCACCACCAACCCAUAUGAUUUCCCCAUGUGCAGCCAGGGUCAGAUCAGUGUGGCUAGCAUUGAUGACAAAGAAGAGUUGCUUGCUACUGAUACAGCCAUUGAUAUCCUGGGCUUCACCAAUGAUGAGAAGAUGUACAUCUAUAAGCUGACAGGUGCUGUGCUUCACCAUGGUAACAUGAAGUUCAAGCAGAAGCAGCGUGAGGAGCAAGCUGAGCCAGAUGGCAAUGAGGAGUAA